AUGCCAAACCAACAAUCCUCAUCAUCAUCGAACUAUGACCUCGAACCGGGUCCUGUUGAUCAAUUUGAUAGAAAACUCAAAUUUAAAACACAACAAAGCUUGGAAAUCGAUACCACUUCUUAUCAAUCACAAAUAUAUGGCUUAGAUAUACAGAGAAUUGGAUGGGAAGUUGCUAUUAAACGAUCGCGAUCACAUUAUAGACUUGAAAGAAUUAAAGGUUACGACAAACACGGUACGGAGAAGAAUGCCGAUGAGAGCAAGCCUGUUGGAGAUUUAUGCGAUAUUGAACAAAAACUUCAUUUUCCAAAGGAAGAACGAUCUUGUUUUUACUCAUUCCGAUCAAACUCUCGGCAAACACAUUGCUCAUUUACACACUUUCAAUUGAGACAUUUAUUGGCUACAACCUCUCCAACAGAUGUAUUUUACAUGAAUGAUUACAGCAUUUACCAUUGGAACACAAUUACAAAAACAACAGAACAAUCCAACGGCAAAAUAACGAUUGAAAGGAAAAUAUUAGAUCUUCGUAAAGGACAUGGUGUUAUCAAAGAUUUAUCAUACAUGGGAAAUGAUCAAAUUCCAGGAAUUCUCAUUUCUACUCUUAAUGCUUCCUUCCCAUACCUAGCUGUUGGUGGAUUUAAAGGGGAAAUUGUGAUUACUAGCUUGGAAAACGAGGGAGAAAUUAUUUAUAAUGGAAGAAUAUCUUCCGCUAGCAAUUCAAUAACCAAUUACAUGGAUAUAAGAGGUAAUACUCUUCUAGUUUCAAGCAAUGAUGGAGUGGUCCGAAAAUUUGAUUUACCUUCUAUGGAUCUUCUAUCUGCUGUAUCCUUUGAAUACUGUAUUAACAAUGCUGCUAUGCAGUCACAAAAUGGAAAGUUGAUGGCAGUUAUUGGUGACACCUAUGAUGUUGUGGUGUGUGACCAAGAAGGUACUAAAUCCUCCAUGAUGAAACUAAAAGGACAUAUGGAUUACUCAUUUGCACUUUCGUGGAAUCCAGCCAAUGAAUAUCAAUUUGCAACUGGAAGCCAAGAUAGAUUGUUGUGUGUAUGGGACAUACGAAGGCCUUCCUCUCCAGUGUAUAGUAUACCUGCAAUUAUUGGAGCAGUAAGAUCUGUAAGAUAUUCAGAAGAUGGCCAAUUUCUUGCCUCUGCAGAACCAGCUGAUUUUGUGCAUAUUUAUGAUGUAAAUAGUAAUUUUGAGAAGGAACAAUUGUUAGAUUUCUAUGGUGAAAUUGUUGGUGUUGACUUUUCAAAGAAAGAUGGAGGAAAAUCGCUCUAUGUAGGCAUAUUUGAUCGCCAGUUCAAGUCACUCAUGGAAUUUUCAAGAUUUUCAUCAGAGACAACCAUCGAUGAUAUUUUCAUUUAG